AUGUAUGCCGUAUUACGCGAUGUUAAUUCGACAGAAGUCCAAAACGCCAAAAAGAGACGGGUCCAGACAGGCAAAAGUGAUCAGAAAACUGAAAGAAAGGUGACCUUAUCAGCUGGAGAACGUAAACGUCAUCCUAAAGAUGUAGGUCAAGGAAAGGAUAAAGAGGCACAGCUUCAGGAUGUCAGUGUGAAGGAGUCAUUGAAAAGAAAACGCGGGAAGAAAUCGGAAGACUCUGCCCGUUCUGAUGUAGUAUUUAAAACGAAGAUUGCUAAGCGAGUGCUUCGGUCUUCAAUUAACUACAACAAAGAUAGAAAUGAAAAGGUAAACAAGCAGGCUGAUUCUAAACAGAGGUUAGGAUUAAAGAAAAACGGGGACAAAAAGAGAGACGUUCAACGUAGAAAUCUGUCUGAGAAAUUUAAAACCCAAAGUACACAGAAAAAGACCACGAAAUCAAUAGUAAGAGGUUCGGCCCAUAAUAGGAAACCAAUUUCAAAGAAGGAAGAACAAUCAAGACCAAAUAGUCGCCUGAAUGCUAAAGCUGAAAGCUUUAAAAAGUCAAAAGCAAAGACGAACAAAAAAAUUUUGCCGAAAAAUAAUCGCAUCAGAAAGCGCGCUCAGAAAGUACAAAAUUCCGUACCAGAUGUAACGUCUGCAAAACCCUUUUCAAACUUGUUUUUAAAGAAAAUUACUGUAAAAAAUCAUCAUACAAUACACGAGAAGGAAGGGAAUAUACAUGGGAUCAGUGUAUCUGAAGACAAUCUAGUAUGGGUGAACCAUUUGAUAAAUACAGUACAUCUUCGACAUACAACAGGGAAGAUGAUAAGAAGUUUUAAAUUAGAUUUCAGACCCGUAUUCAAUUGCUGCACACCCUCUGGUGACAUUCUUGUAACACAGGGAUAUGGUGCCGGUGCUAAGCCUACAAUAAGCUUAAUAUCAAGAGAGGGAGAUGUAAAAGAGUUAGCCGAUCUUUCCUCGUAUGCUUCAAAUCUUUGUGGAAUUUUAUGUCAAGAUGAAAGAAUAUACGUUGUAGCCUUUAUGGCACUAGAUAAGAAUUAUUUCGUUAUCAAACUUAAUAUGAACGGAGAAGUUGAACACGUUUAUCACACACAAAAAGCGUCAGAAAAUAUAAAUCAGAUUAUUUCUAUAAAUGGUCAAAUAGCUGCACUUCGUACAAACUCUGACGGUUUUAUGCCUUUGGAAGUUGAUCACAUUUCACCAAGAAAGAUGAACAAAAUUAACAUAACCUUAUACUCUGCGAGUGCCUCAGUGGACAAGUUUGGGAACGUUAUCAUGGGAUCAAACGCCUCCCUCUUCAUCAUAAAUCCAGGUCUGGAGUACAUGCACGAAAUACCAACUGGUACAUCUGAGGAAAUAAUCUCAACAGCUACUGAUCAACAAAAUCAACUGUGGUUCGGUACCAGAUCUGGAAAACUCUACUCUACAAAAUACCUUAAAUAACUGACUGCAUUUAGUUCAUGUUUUAACGGAUGCGCAGAACUGGAAGGAAGUUGAAUUAAAGAGUUUGACGUACAACAAGGAAAACUGAAAUAUGGAAAAGAAAAAUCUUCAUCUACUAUUGCUGUAUCAUAGUGAUUAGUUAAUAUGAAGUGUAAAAUACAUUUCAAGUCUUCGACUACUUUACAUGUGUAAAGUUAAAUUGACUCUUGCUGGAUACUCAGUAAUGCAAAUCGUACCACAAUCUAAGGAUUUCCAAAAACCUUAUAGAAAGUAUAUAUACUACUAAUUCACGGAAAUGAGAUUGACUUAUCAAAACUUUCGUUUUUCGAAAAUCUCAGCGACUUUUACUGAUUGAUUGAUUUUUUCUGUACAUUUCCUUAAUUGAAUUUUUGUGUAGCAGUGAGCUUAGUUGAUUUAUAACAAAAACCUCAUUACUG